AUGCCCACCGCCGGAGAGCUCCGAGCGCCCGGGGGCCGAGCGGCCCGCGCGGCGCAGGCCACCGAGAGCGGGUCGCUCCAGCUCGGCGGCGGCUUCCUGGGCGCCGAGGGCGGCGAGGUCGUGGACUUCGAGGUCUACGCGCUGACCCCAGGGUCGGCGGGGUACCCGUUCCCCGAGAGCACGGCCGUGCUCGACCGCCACCCCGUGCCGUGGGACGGCCCGCCCUCGGUGUCCCUGGCGGCGGCGCGGGCCUCCGAGGUGGAGCUCGAAUGGUCCAUCAACGGCAUGCUCGACGACGCACUCUUGGUCUACGAGGUUCAGAUGAGCGAAGACCUGGCGGGCGAGGACUUCGCCUCCAUCUAUACUGGCUCCAACAGGGACCUCGUGGUGUCUCACUUGGACAAGCGCUCCUCCUACCGCGUCCGGGUGAGGGCCUUCGCGCCAGGCCACGUCAGCGGCUUCGGGCAGCUGGUGGUCCGGCCGUGCGACCCGCCCUCCGCGCCCGCCAGCGUCCGCGUCGCGAUCUCCGAGGAGCAGGGCGCCCUGCUGUCCCUCGUGUGGGAACCCCCGCGAGAGGUGGGCGGCUGCGCAGUGACGGGCUACCAGGUGUUCGAGUACACCUCCGGAGGGCUCGAGCAGGUGGGGGCCACGAGCGGUCUCUCCUUCACCCCGGACGGCGGCGUCGGCCGCCGCGCGUUCCAGGUGUGCGCCAGCACCGUGCAGGUGGAGUGCGGAGAGAACGUCACGCUGAGCGCGUACUGGGCCGUCGCCCUGCCGCCCCCGCAGCUGGAGGCCGGCGACGACUCUGGCUGGGAAGAGGACCAGGCCGUCGUCGCGUGGGACCCGGUGCCCCUGGCCGAGGGCGAGCAGGCCGAGGUGCACUACGCCAUCGAGGGCGCGGUCGACGGCUCCGUGGACUUUGUGCCCGUGGCGGGCAGCCCCACCAGGGCCACGUCCGCGACGAUCGGCGGGCUGCUGCCGGGCGCGCUCUACCGCUUCCGGGGCGCCGCGCUCCGCGCGGUCGGCGGCGCCGUGCAGGCGCCGGCCGCGGGGGGCGUGCGGUGGUCGGAGGCUCUGGCGCUGCGGGCGGGCGGGGGGCCGAGCGUGGCUGCGCCGCUGCAGCAGGCCGAGCUCGUGCGGCUGCCCGGCCACAUGGGCCCACCCCGGCGGGACGGCGGCGUCUCGCCCGCCCAGGGGACGGUGUCGCUGUCCUGGGACCCCCCGGCCGAGACGCACGGCCUCCCCGUGGAGGCGUACGAGCUGCAGCACGACGACGGCCUGGGCGGCGAGUUCGUCGUCGCCGUCGCGCUGGGCCCCGAGAGAACGAGCCUCACGCUCGGCGGCAUCUACCCGUCGACGCCCUUCCGGGUGCGCGUCCGCGCCCGCACGGCCGCGGGCUGGUCCGAGCCUGGCCCCGCGGCCGCCUUCUUGGCCGUGGGCCUGCCGGGCAGCCCGCAGGACCUGCGGCUGUCGCGCCCCGCCGCCGGACCGCCCGUGCUGCACUGGGUGCCGCCGUCGGAGACCGGCGGCCUCGACGCGCCGCCGAGCCCCGGCUUGCGGGUGGGCGUCACGCACUACUUGGUCUGGCUGGGCCUCCCAGCGGUCACGCCAGACCGGCUCCUGGGGGAGGUGCGCGGCGAUCAGGCGUCCUUCGAGCUCCGGCUCGAGGGCCUGCAUCUGUACGGCGAGGAGCUGUACCUCUACGUCACGGCCCACAAUGGGGAGCUGGAGGGGGCGCCCAGUUCGUUCGUGACACUAGCGGACAGUCACCUGCCUGGCCCGCCGAGCGAGCUGACGCUCACGAGCUUCACCAGCUCCUCGCUGAGCGUCUCGUGGGACGCGCCCGCGGAGCCAGACGUCAGCGGCUACGAGCUCUACUGGGACUGUGGCCGCGGCGACUGGGCGGACGAACUGGUCUACUCUGGAGCCUCCACGUUCACGACCGUCUCCCUGACCGGGUGCUCGGGGGCGAGCCUGUAUCGCUUCAGCGCGAGGGCCAGGAAUGCGAACGGCUGGAGCGCCACAAACGCCACAGCCGUUCUUUCUCUGGGAAGUCCACCGGCGCCGACGGCUCCGCACGCGGUCGGCUACUCCAGGGGCGCGCUGUCCAUCGCGUGGGCGAUGCCGCAGUCCGCCUCGCUCUGGACCUCGGCCACUUGGUUCGAGGUGCACUGCGUCGACCUGUCCACGCUCAAGGCCUCCGUCACAGUCACCGCGACGGCGGCCGCGACCCUCGAGGGCCUGGCGGAGGGCCGCCCGUACCGCCUCGAGGUCCGCGCGUGCAGCCCCGCGGGCUGCGGCCCCCACAGCGGCUCGCUGGAGUUGCAAGCGGCCCAGCGGCCGCAGGGCCCGACGGCACCGCGCAGGAUCGGCUCCGCGCCGGGCGCCGUGACGGUGGGGUGGUCGGAGUGGCCUGGGACGGCGAUCGUGCCGUGGAUGGACGGCUACGAGGUGAGGGCGUCCAGCAACGCCUCGGGGCCGUACGUCUUCGCGGGCUACGUCUCGGCGUGGUGCCCGCCGCUGUUCGAGCGCGUCUGCGGCAGCGUGGGGGCCGUCGAGUACCUCAGGGUGGCGGCCGUGGACAGCUCCGGCCUGUGGCCCGAGGGCGGGGUCGAGUCGGACCCCGUGCGCGUGGUCUGCGCGCAGGCUCCAGACGCGCCUCCGGCCCCGGAGGUCGCGGUGCAGUGCGCGGUCUCGGACUGCGCCGCGGAGGUGACGCUCGGCGUCGCCCAGCUCCACGGGGCGCAGCUGGUGGGGUGGAAGCUGCUGUUGCACAACGACGGCGAUGUCGGCCACACCGAGGAUCAGUGGAGCUCGGCCCUGUGCACGACGAGCACCACCACCGCAUCCAGCUCUACUGCUACCAGCUCCACCGAGACCAGCACGGCCUCCAUGACCUUCACCUUGACAAGCACGGGCUCCCAGACCCGUACGUCAACCACCUCUCAAACGUCCACUACAUCAUUGUCCUCUACAACCGUAUCCAGCUCGAGUACAAUUUCCACUUCGGAGACUAGCUCGACCACGGCAAGUUCCUCGAAGACGCUGACCUCUACGUCAAUGUCCACCACGACCAGUAUGACUUCGAGUAUUACGAGUACUUCUCAAACCAGCCAUACAUUUAUUCAACGGGGGUCGACGGACUACCACCUCGGACACCAGCACCACAGGGACAACCACCACUGA